AUGGAGGUCGAUCUCAUCAUUGAGAAUGCCACGGUUGUCACGGCUUCCGAUGUACACGCCCGUCAAGACAUUGUCGUCCGCGACGGCAAGAUCCUCGCAGUGGGUCAGGACUUGAAGUCCAUCUUCUCGGCCAAGACCACUAUCGACGCACAGCAUGCAUUCGUCAUGCCCGGCGGCGUGGACUCCCACGUCCAUCUCGACCAGGACAACUCACCCACAGGAGACAACUUCGAAACCGGCACCCGCUCCGCCGUCGCAGGCGGCACCACCACCGUGAUCGCCUUCGCAACGCAGUCCCGCACGCAGGAGUCCAUCCACCCCGUCGUGGAGGACUACCACGGCCGCGCCACGGGCAAGUCCUACUGCGACUACGGUUUCCACCUCAUCCUGACCAACCCAACCCCAACCAUCCUGCGCGACGAGCUGCCCCACUACGUGCGCGAGGGCAUCUCCUCCGUCAAGCUCUACAUGACGUACGAGCCCCUCAAGCUCCGCGACGGCGAGAUCCUCGACGUGAUGAUGGCGACGCGCGCGCUGGGCAUGACGACGAUGGUGCACGCCGAGAACAGCGACAUGAUCUCCUGGAUCACGGCGCGGCUGGCCGAGCAGGCGCUCACGGCGCCGUACUACCACGCCAUCAGCCGGCCCAACAUCGCCGAGGACGAGGCCGUGUACCGCGUCAUCUCGCUCGCGGAGCUCUCCGACGUGCCGAUCCUGAUCGUGCACAUGUCGUCCAAGACGGCGGCGGGCCACGUGCGCGCCGCGCAGACGCGGCUGCUGCCCAUCCACGCGGAGACGUGCCCGCACUACCUGUAUCUCACGGCGGACGCGCUGCGGCCGAACCACCCGGCGCACGACGCCUUCUCGGGGGCGAAGCACAUCUGCAGCCCGCCGCUGCGCGAGGACGCGAUGGACCUGGAGGCGAUGUGGACGGGCAUCGUCAACGGGACGUUCACGACGUUCAGCUCGGACCACGCGCCGAGCAAGUACGACCACCCGAGCGGGAAGAAGGCGGGGCUGGCGGCGGACGGGGGGAUGAGGUAUGAUAAGGUGCCGAACGGGCUGCCGGGGCUGGAGACGCGGCUGCCGGUGCUGUUUCAGGGGGGCGUGCUGGCGGGGAGGGUGACGCCGCAGAAGUUUGUGGAGGUGACGGCGACGAACCCGGCGAAGCUUUAUGGGUUGGGGGAUAGGAAGGGGGCGAUUGCGGCGGGGUAUGAUGCGGAUUUUGUGAUUUGGUAUCCGACGGCUGACCAGGUGGCUGCCACGGCUGGGGGAGGGGAGGUGGCGAAGAUGGAGGCGUUUCAGCUGGAGAACGAGAUGCUGCACCACGACAUUGACUACUCGCCGUUUGAGGGGAUGAAGUUUGAAAAUUGGCCGCGGUAUACCAUCUUGAGGGGCAAGGUGGUUUGGGAUAGGGACAAUGGGGGACUGCUGGGGAAGAUGGGCGAUGGGAAUUUCCUGCGUCGCGGGAAGAGUACGUUGAGCAAGCCGAGGAACAAGUGGGUGAAUGAGUUCCAGCCGAUGCCGGAGGCGAACACGGCGACUGUGAAGUAUUGA